AUGCGUUUCUACUCUAUCGCUCUGUUGACUGGCGCUACCGCCGUUGCUGCUGGUAACACCGCAGACCUCCUCCUCCCCGGCUUCCAGGGCAAGGACCUGCAAGCCGGUAUCAUCGGCUCCGAGGGAGAUGCGACUACCUACCGCAUCACCUGCCCCAAGACCGUGGCCGCCUCUGAUUGCGGUAUCCCCGGCGAGGGCAUGACCGCGGUUGCUGCCCCGACUUCCAUGCAGCUCAGCAACGUCAACAUGCAGGGAACCACUGGAACUCUGUCUUGCAACGUUGAGGGCACCACCUACGCUUCUUGCCAGGCCUCCGCCGGCACUGUCACCCCCUCCGGUACUCUGGGCUCGGCCGACCUCAACUGGAUGUCCGUGACCGUCACCGGUCCCUGCUCCACCAGCACCCCGACUCCCACGUCGACUCCCACUCCGACCCCAACCCCAUCCAGCACCACCGCGGUCAUGACUCCCACUCAGACCCCCACUUCCACCAUGACCCCGAGCAUGACCCCCAAGAAGUCCUCUUCGGGCCUCAUCUCCACCCCGCUUGUCACUUCCACCCCCCUGGUCGCUGCCCCAACCAGCGAUGCAGUCAUCUCCGCAACUGGCGCGCCCUCCGCUUCCCCCUCGGCUUUCAACGCCGCCGGCCAGCUCGGAGGAAACCUCUGGACCGUUGGUGGUGCCGUCCUGGCCCUGGCUUGCGCUUUCAUCUAA